AUGGACUCCAAGACCCCAGUUACUUUAGCCAAGGUUAUCAAAGUUUUAGGCCGUACCGGUUCUCGUGGUGGUGUCACCCAAGUUCGUGUUGAAUUCUUAGAUGACAGCUCCAGAACCAUUGUCAGAAACGUCAAAGGUCCAGUCAGAGAAAAUGACAUUUUGGUCUUAAUGGAAUCUGAGCGUGAAGCCCGUCGUUUACGUUAA